AUGAUUCCACUUCUGUUGGAAAUGAAACAUUUGCAAGCUGAUCACUACACCACCUUAAUCUUUUCACCCAAUAACAGCGGUCCUAAUGACAACGUGUUCAUCUUUUUCUCCGGCUAUGGUGGGGCUUCCCAUAUUAACUUCCCAGAAGAAUAUAUGUAUGCAGUGGAGUUGAACGAUACCCUCGCCUACAUGCAUUCAAAAAAGAAGUUCAACAAAUUGGUGCUGUACGUGGAGGCUUGCUACUCUGGCUCUAUGUUUGAAGAUGUCCUUCCUUCAAAUAUGGGAAUCUACGCGACAACUUCAGCCAAAGCAAAUGAAAAAUCCUGGGCUAUUUUUUGUAAGGACCCGAAAAUCGAUGUUUGUCUAGCGGACGAAUACUCGUAUGCCUGGCUUAUAGAUUCGGAACAGAAUGACAUAAAAGAGCUCACACUGGAGGAACAAUACGAACACGUGAAAUGGAAGAUGGUGUUAAGUAACGUGAUGAAAUACGGUGAAAUGCCAAAUGUUGUAGAUAGAAAGCCCUCUUGCCAGGCGCAUUUGUUAUCAAAGUCUCGACGCUUCAUGGAGUCCGCAACCGAGGAGGAAUAUCAAGUCGCUUGGCAAAGGCUGCACCGUGCAAUUCAGCUUGGCCACAUCGUCGAGGAAACGUUCCGUGACAUCGUCAUGGAUGUGAAAACCCACCAAAAGCCGCCGGUAAAGGGUUUAUCCAAGAGGGAUGAGCUCAUGUGUUUCCGGGCAGUAUUCGAUCAAUUCCGGACGCACUGCUUCACUAUUCAGCAGGCA